AUGGAAAGCUAUAGAAAUGUCUCAGAAAUCAUCCUUCUUGGACUUUCUUGUGGCCAAAACCUACAAAUAUUCUGCUUUGUGCUCUUCUUACUCUGCUAUAUCACCCUGUUGGCAGGAAACUUUCUGAUUCUUAUCUCUGUCCAAUGCAGCCCUCUUUAUAAUCAACCAAUGUACUAUUUCCUCACCCAUUUGUCUUCAAUAGACAUAUGCUACACCUCCACAGUUACACCUAAAUUUAUCGGUGACCUACUAUUAGAGAGAAAGACCAUUUCCUAUGGUAGCUGCCUAUUACAGGUCUUUUCCAUGCACUUUUUUGGAGGUGUGGAAAUCUUCAUUCUUACUGUCAUGGCUUAUGAUCGCUACGUUGCCAUCUGCAAACCCCUCCACUACAUGAUUAUCAUGAACAGGACAAGGUGCAACCUCCUUGUCUUUGCAACCUGGAUUGGUGCUGCUGUCCAUGCCUUUCCUAUCUUCAUAAUAGCGAUCAAUUUACCCUUCUGUGGUCCAAAUGAAAUUGAUCAUUAUUUUUGUGAUAUCUUUCCUUUACUUCAGCUUGCCUGCACUGAUAUCCACAUCAGCGCUGUCCUCAUACUUGCCUUUGCUGGGAUAAUAGCCUUAGGAGUCUUUGUUGUGUUAUCUUUAUCUUAUGGGAUUAUAUUAUUCACUUUAAGAAAUCAGUCAGCUGAGGGGAAACGCAAAGCACUAUCUACCUGUGGGUCUCAUAUAACGGUGGUUAUCUUAUGUUUUGGACCUGUCAUCUUUAGCUACAUUAGGCCCCCUAUUACUUACCCUGAGGACAAAAUAUUGGCGUUAUUUUACACCAUUGUUGCACCUAUGUUCAACCCCCUAAUCUAUACUUUGAGAAAUACUGAAAUGAAAAAUACACUGAGGAAAGUUUGGUGUCAAACAUUGCUUUCAAAAGAAUCACUCAAUUAG